CAGCCCAGAUCGUCACAACAAUUUUGAUCGUCAACAGAAUUGGUUGUGGUUCGAUCGCCUGCGCUCAGUUCUAGAAGGAUCAGUUCUCCAUAGUUAGUUGUUUCAAAGUGAAAUGUUUUCUAGAUUCCAACAGUGGUGCAAAAAGGAAAAGGCAACGUGCGGAUUAUUUCGCUGGCGAGGAUGUGUCAAUUUGCCGGAAACCUCGCCCGACUUUGCUGCUUGCGAUCCGUUCGACUUACCGCCAGAAUUGCGUCGCCACAGCUUGCCCAGACGGAUGCUAGGAAAUUUCCUGUCGGAGCGAAACAUCCCCUAUGAAGCAGAGCAAAAGUCGUUGAAACGGCUGCUUAAAGAGCACGGUUUAUACAACAAACACCAAACACUCCAACAGCGUCGUCGUUUGCGGUAUCUUCUUCAGGUGGAGCGCCAAGCAUUUGUCGGUGGGGAUCAGGACGAAUGUGGCGAUCAUUGCCACUCGCUGGACUACACACAGCCGAAUACCGGGAGUGCAUCGGCACGGGAUGCAAUUCAAACCAAGCCAGGACCGUCGAAAUGUGUAAAACUGCAGACCAUUGUUUCGACAAAGCCAACAACCACACCGAUCGUAGAAAUGGUGGAUUCGGCACAGAGAAUGAGGCGCACACAAUCAAUGACAUUAACUGGGGACACGGAGUUGGGAGCGAUUCCCCCAACUGAGGGAUGUUCGGAAUCAACGCAUAUCUUGCAUGUGGUGCAAGCGGAAGUGGUUCCACGCAACUCGCAAUGUCUGGAAACCUCGAUUUAA